GAUCUUUAAUUAUUAUAUUCCCCGAAAGUGCUCUCCUCAAGAUUGCUGGAAUUAUCCAGGACAAUAAUGACGGUAUAUAUGGCCAACCACCACAGUCAAUCGAUGUUAGCUUGCUAAUUCCUGCUAUUACACCGACUACUAUAAAGUAUGCUGGUACUAAUUAUGAAAGUCUUUCCAGCACAGAUGCCUUUGCUGUGCAUAGUUCUACGUUUCCAUUUAGAUCUUGA